UUCCAUGCCCAUUAAUCACCAAUAACUCAAUAUAAUCUUAAACGCAAUAUCCCUUUUCUUAUAAAUGUCGAUUCAUCUGAAAAUGAGAAAUAAAUAACAGAUUGCAUAGGAUGAGACAGAGGUAGCGAAAAAAAAGGCAUAGCACAAUUACUCAAACACUACUAUUUCUUACCACAGCAUUGUACAUGUCUGCAUAUAAGUUGUUCUCUCCUGCACAACCAUUUGUCCAACUGCAGCCGCGAUGAUCAACUUCUUCCUCUUCCUCUCAUUUCUCCCAUGGACGUCGUCCAGUUUCAGCUUGAAGCUCAUCCACAGGGACUCGCCCUUCUCCCCUCUAUACCAACCAAACAUCACAGGCUUGGAACGUUUCCUGAAAAACGCGGUGAUCUCGGUAGCCCGCGCCUCACAUUUCGAUAAAACAAGCCAAAACCAAAACGUGUCGAUACGGCUUCCAGCAAGGCUGGAGAACCCCAUCUUCACUGUGGAGAUAGGCAUGGGCACCCCUGCCGUGAAGAGAACACUCAUCUUCGACACGGGCAGCGGCAUCACGUGGACGCAGUGCAGGCCCUGCAUCCGAUGCUUCAAGCAAAACGACCCCUUGUUCGACGCCAAGAGGUCUAGCACCUACAAACCCAUCGGCAGAAAGCACCCACUCGCAGGGGGGUUCACGUGCACUCCAUUUGGCUGCGGCUACUUCAUCGGCUAUUACAGCGGCCAGUUCUCUGCAGGCCCCGCAGCAGCCGAGACUUUCACCUUCCACACCAAUCUAAGAGCUCCUGCUACGGUAUCCGGUCUUGUAUUCGGUUGCGGCACAUCCAACGUCGGCAGAUACCCGCCGGAGGUGAGCGGCAUACUCGCAAUGGACAAAGAGCCCACCUCCUUCCCUCGCCAGCUGGGGAGCAUGAUCAAGGGACGUUUCUCCUACUGCCUCUCGCCGACCACAGCCUCGUACGUGAGGUUCGGCGACGAAGCCAGGAUACGAGGGAGGAACGGGCAGACGACGCCGUUCCUCAACGCCAACACCAAACGCAGCGCCAUUCUGUACGGCCUCAACUUGAUGGACCUGAGCAUCAAUGGGAGGAAGCUGGGUGCUAGGUUCCCCGAGGGGUGCUUCAUAGAUUCGGGGUCUUCGUUGAGUCUGUUGAACGCGAGGGCGUUCGUUGCGGUGAGAGAUUUCGUGGUGAGUUAUUUCGACAGGGUUAGGAAUGUGAGGAGAUAUGCAGGAAAUGAUGCGUUGAAGAAGUUCCUGUGCUACAGUAACCCGGCGGGGGGGUUCGCGGGGUUUCCGAGCAUGACGUUCCAUUUGAAGGGGGCUGAUUACCAUGUGCCGCCGUCGAACCUCUUCUUCUACGUGGAGGGGAGCGUCUUCUGCUUGGCGAUCAUGGAGUCGAGGGACGUCUCCAUUUUGGGGGCGUUUCAGCAGAGGAAUGUGAGGAUCGUCUAUGAUUUGAAGGAGAAGAUGCUUUCGUUUGCUCCCGAAGAAUGUUCCAGAGAUUUCCAGCUUGGUGGUUGAACCUGCCUCUGCCUGCCUUCAUUCUAACUUCAAUAUCAUCUUUCUUGUGUCUGUUUCUCAAUAACUAUGGACUUAUAAAUAACUGGAUGAUUCUACGAAAUUUUAUU